AUGGAAGACCAGGAAGGUGACAAGGAAGAGGAGAUGACAGCAAAGGUCAUACAGCAGGAUUCACCGACAAAGCCGAAGGUGUCUCACCAGGGUACCAACGUCGCAGUUGUGGUUGCUGCUGAAACAGGGGAUAAACCACUUGUUUCUACAAAUAAUGAUACUCAGCCAUCUGAACAAUCCGCCGAAGUACCAGCUGAACAAAUCACCGAAGGGCCAUCUCAAGUUGAAAACAGUGCACCCGCUACAGCAGCGGCAGCUCAGCCUGAAGAAAAACACAAGACUGAAAGCAGCCAACCUGAAGCAACUGCGACAGCUCAACCUGAAGCAAACCAGGCUGAAAACAGCACGCCCAGCAGAUCGUCUCCUUGCAGGCGGGGCCACAACAAGGCUUACGAACAGAGGAUCCAGAUCUGUGGCAAUACCUAA